AUGUCAUUCGCAAACAAGGUCAUUGCCAUUACUGGCGGAGGCCAGGGGAUCGGCUUGGCCACCGCAACGCUUCUUGCAAGCAGAGGUGCAAGUGUAUCCAUCGCGGAUGCCAAUCCAACGACUCUUGCCCAGGUUGAGCGGGACUUCAAGGAUAAGGGCUGGCCCAUCCAUACUGCUACAGUUGAUAUUCGGGAUCCUAAGAAGGUGAAUGACUGGAUCGAUGCCGCUGUGCAGAAGUUCGGGAAGCUCGAUGGUGCCGUCAACGCCGCUGGGACCAUUGGCAAAUAUUACGGGCAACAGCCGGUCGGCGAGCAAGAUGACGACGACUGGAAUCUUGUAAUGGGUGUCAAUGUGAAUGGAAUGAUGUACUCUCUCCGUGCCGAGCUUAGGAAUAUCAAGGAUGGUGGCAGUAUUGUCAACAUCUCAUCGAAUAAUGGGUCGGCGGGAGGACCCGGUUGUGCUGCCUAUACAACAUCGAAGCACGCCGUCCUUGGGCUCACAAAAUGUGCCGCGCACGACUACGGGUCACGCCAGAUCAGAGUGAACGCUGUUGCUCCGGGAGGCACCUACGGCCCUCUCAUGCAUAGUGUGGUCGGGGACAACCCCCCUCCCGCUCCUAAUGUGCUGAAGAAAUAUGGUACGCCCGAGGAGGUUGCUUUCAUGAUAACGUGGCUGUUGGGCCCGGAGAGCACUCACUCCACAGGCGAACUAUUCCGAGUCGAUGGUGGUUUUUUCGCUUAG